AUGUUAAGUGAAGAUCGUUCAAUAUCAACGGCUAAUGCAUUGGCUCGUUGGUUUCAAUCAUUUCAAUCUGAUAUUAACAUCGAUGGAGAUAAUUUACAUUGUUUAACAUCAAAUUCGAAUUUACAAGAUAUUUGGUUAAAAAUAAUUCGACAUUGUCAUCCAAUUGAUUAUGUCAAAAAAGUAAAAGAAACAAUACAAAUUGCAGAAUUAAAAGAACGUCAUCCAGAUCGUUGGGAACAACAUAAAAAUGCUCAAAUUCAACAAGGACAAAUUGAACAAAGAAUUAAUCUUCGUUUACGUGAAAUUUAUUCAGCACGGUCAGAACAAUCAACAAAUAUUUUUAAUGAAUUAAAUCGUGUUCAAACAAUGAUUAAUGAUGAAUAUAUUCUUAUAUCUUCACUUAAUAAACAACUUCAAAUUUAUCGUCAAUUAGUUUCUUAUUUAAGUGAAUUAGUACAAUAUAAAGAACAAUUAAAUUUAUUAACAUUUACAAAUCAAACAAAUCAACAAGAAUUGAUUCGAGAAUUACUUAAUACAAAAACUUUAUUAACAGGAAAAUUUCAACAAUCAGUUAAUUUAAAUGAUUUAUGUUCGAAUAUGAAUACAUUUAUUCAACAACGAAUUAAUCAAUUCAGUAAAAUCCAGAAAGAUGAACAAGAAUCAAAUUCAACUAUUAUCGAAAGUUAUGAAGAAGCAUUGACAAAAACAAAUUUAGAUUUCACUAAACAAUUUAUACAUUUGGCAAAUAUUCGUAUGGAAUGUAGUAAACUUCGUAAUCGUCUUGAAGAUAGCAAACGAGAAGUUUUAUCUCGUCGUGCAUCAAAUGAACAAACUCAAUUAAUGUCUAUUCUUGAUGCAAUGAUUGCAAGUAAAUCAGUUGAAGUUCAUAUAAAUUUUUUAAAGAAGAAAGUUCAAACAGAACUUGAACAAAUAAAAAAAUUCGAUGAAAAACCAAUAUUACGUAUUCAUCAACAAAUAACUGAACAACGAAAUGAACUUAAUCGAAUUGAUAAUCAAUUAAAUAAAAUAAUUCAAGAAAAUCCUUUAGAAAAAUUAGAAAAACUUGAAUUAAAAAUUCGUGAUUAUAUUCGACUUAUUAAUGAUCUUCCACGAUAUUUUCAUUCAUUAAAUAUAAUGCAUUUAUCAUUAUCAAAUGAUCUUCGUUCGAAUUUAUUAACGUGGCCAAUUGAAGAAUUUUCUCGAAUUAAUUUAAUCAAUAAUUCAAUUGAAUCUCCUCCAAUAUCAUUAGUACCUAUUCCAACACAAACUCCACCAACACCAUUAACUUCACUUAAACAAUUACUUGGAAUUCGAACACAAGAUACAAUAGUGCUUGAACCACCAUUAACAGAAGAUUAUUCAUUAAAAGAAGAAAAUCAACGUUGGGAUAUUGAUGUAAAUGAAAAUGAUGAAAUAUUAAUUAAAAAAUUUCCAUUAAUAUCAUCAAUUAAUUGGGAUAUUUUAACAAAUGUUGAUAAUCAAAUGGAAGAAGCAUUGAAACAAUGUCAACAAGAUUCUACUCAAUAUGAACAAUUUUUUCAAAAUCUUAUCAAAGAAAUACGAAUCUUACAAUAUGAAUAUACAGAAAAACCGGCUUUUCGUUCAUGA